AUGUCAAGCGCCGUCACUGAGGAGCCUCGGUGCCGCCUCGCCCGGCAAGACAUAGGCAGGUUGUAUGUGAAGGCCGGUGACAGCCCCUCCCAAUACUUCUAUCCUCGAGACAAACUCCGUGGCUACCUCACCCGAAGCAAGGUCGGUUGGAUCUUGCAAUGUCCCUGUCGCAACUGCAGACGCCACUACGCAAGCUUUGGAAGGAACCAUGCCCCUACCGAGUUUAUCGACCGAAUCGUUGGCCCAGAAAGCGACAGCGGAGCCAUAAACGAUCCUGCGAGAACCGCAUACUCUCUUUUCGGCCUUCUUACCUACAUCGAACAUCCAAUGCUCAUCAUCGGUUUCAUGAUGAGAGAAUGGUACGAUAUUCACCUCCUACCGGUCACAUUUCCAGCGGACUCGCUCAGGUCAAUGUGCCGUGAGUUUCUCACAAAGGAAGGACCGGCGACGUUUCAACAAUUUGAACAUCAGUUCAGCACAACCCUCCGGCAUUUUGCAGUCCCGAUGAUGAACUCGGGCGCCUACUCUGUGUAUGAAGAGGACACCAUCCUGCCUUUUCUCAAACUGCAGAAGGUUAAAUCGCAAGGAGCACACAGCCGUGUCUAUGCCUUUGAGAUAUACGAAGAGUAUCGCAAGUUUGCCGACGCGAUUGACGUGACUAAAUUCGCCAGGAAAGAGCUCAACAAAGACAGCGAACUGGCCUUCCACCUGGAAAACAAGAACCUGAACGUGGCAAACCUUUUGCAGGAUGACCACAUUGUUAGAAUGAUCAAAGCAUACAAGCACGGUGAUACCUUCAACCUCAUCUUCCCGUAUGCGAAGGCAAAUCUGGAUGACCUCCUUCGAGACCGACAGUCAGAUCUUGUCGAGGCUGUUCCGGGACCCGUCGAGUCCCGGCAUGUGUGGAAACAGUUGUUGGGAAUCGCGAAAGCCCUUCAUAAAAUCGGUGGCCCCCAAGGAACCGAUUCUCUUUUCCCUCAGCAUCCCCGUCCGGAACAUCGUGGCGUUCACUUCGACCUCAAACCAUCAAAUAUCUUGAUUAAUGACAAGAAUGUGUGGAUGAUAUCUGACUUCGGGCAAACAGUCUUCCGACCAACGAGCGACAGCUCCUCUCGUGUGGUCAACCAAGGGGGCACCCUGGCAUAUGCACCUCCAGAAAUGGAUAACAUUGACGCGAAAUCCAGUCGUCGCUACGAUAUCUGGUCGCUUGGCUGCAUCGCUCUGGAAGUUCUUGCCUUUGCUCUCCUUGGCCCCCGCGGCUUGAAUGGCCGCGAUGACUACCCAGGCUUGGACCAGAUACGGCGCACCAGCUCUUCUUCCGGCGGUCAAGAGGACGAUGCAUUAUGGUAUCGAGAAGGUGACAGAGGUGAAUAUGGAGUCAAGCCGGCGGUUUUUGAUUUCAUGCGGUUCUUGGAGGCAACCGAGUCUUUGCAACAACGGUCAAGCAGUCUUUCUUUCGUGAGCCGGAUCGUGGAUGUGAUCAAGAAAAUGCUGAAACCGAAAGCCGAUGACCGGAUCGACAUCGGUGAAGUUAUUCGAUUACUGGAAUCAGUCAUAGAAGAAUCGAACGACGACGCACAGGGACAGCAAAUUGUUGCUGAGUCAGGAGAAACCUCAAUCGGAGAGCCUGAGCUGCAAUGCAUACGGUGA